GGUUUUAUGUAAAGUUAAAUGCGGAUUGUCAUUCAUGGAUUCAAAUUGAAAUGGGUUGUGUUCCCGCAAAAUCAGUUUCUAACCUUCCUUAUGGAUUAGGUGGAUUUAAAGGAGGUGUUCCUUUUGUCACUUAUCAACAAAAAGUUGCUCUGGUACAAACGUGGAACGUUUUAAUGGAAAACUUGUCUAGAGUCGGAGUUAUAGCGUUUAUGAGGUUAUUCGAAACCCAUCCCGAUGUACAAGAAAUAUUUAUUCCGUUCAAAGGUUUAGAUCACGAAUCCCUUCGUAACAGCAAGGAAUUAAGAGCUCACGCUCUUCGCGUUAUGAGUUUUGUUCAGAAAGUAGUAGCCAGGUUGGAGCAACCGAGAAAAUUGGAAAUGCUUUUGGGAGAAUUGGGUAAAAGUCACCUAAAUUAUGGUGCUAAAGCUGAAUAUAUCGAGAAAAUAGGCCCUCAGUUCAUUUACGCCGUGAAACCCAUGUUGGAAGAUCAUUGGAACCCGGGAGUGGAAAACGCCUGGUUACAACUGUUUCGAUACAUCACUCAUUACAUGAAAGUGACGAUGGAACGGAGCGAUAAAGAAACGGUCGACGACGACAAUCGAAAGAAAAAUAAAAUGAAAAUAAUGAGACAUUCUUUUCGCGGUAAACUGUAUAAAUGAUGUGUACAUAAAACGAGUAACGUAUAUCACCACUUAUUAUCAGGAAAAUCAUAAAAUUUUCCAUUAUCACUCAUUACUGAUAACGUUUACGCAUUUUGUAAAUUUACUGUAUAUUUGAAUAAAGUCAAAGUUUUAACCCAUGCGUUAAUGAACUAUAAUUUUUUAUUCAAAGUUUUAUAUAAAUUAUUGGGCUGAAAUUUGAAAACAUUG